CACAUCCAGCCUGGCCUCGAAUGCUUGCAGGGAUGGGGCAUCCACAAAAUAAGUUUUCUCCCAUUUGUGCCACCACCCUGCUGUCCCCACACAGUGCCUGAGGCCGAACCAAGACAUGGGGCACCCUCGUGCUGCUCCCCCCGCAGCUCUUUGUUCCUCUGCGUAGCCCCAUUCCCACUCCCCACUCAGCUCUCCCAGGAGCAGCAGCACCGGGCUGCUCUUCCCAGGUGCGGUUAUCAGCCGGGCUUCUGCAUGUCUCUGUACUUCUAUUGAUGGGGCUUGCUGCACGCAGAGUGCUGCCCCUCUGCACCGAGACAAUCAGCAAUAACAACAAUAGCAAUACUGACGUUUUGAACAGUGAACGGCAAAACGCCCAUCAGAAAAAGAAGGGACAAAACCCCACCCCAGCGCCCCGCACUCCCACCUCGCAGCCCCGACCCCGUUCCCAUCGCGCUGCGGGGCGAGCCGUGGAGCUGGGCCAGAGGCACCACGGCCUGUCUCCUCCCCGAACCCAAACCCCACCCUCCGCUUCACGCUGGGACUAUUUCGGGCUGCGAGCCGCUCUCUGACAGAUGCGCUCCCGCGGCCGCACUUGUUGCGCUCAGCGGCCGCCGCUCCGCAGCCCCGCGGCAGCGCUCCGCUCCGCUCCUCCGUUCGCUCACCUGCCGGCUCUCCUGCUGCGUUGCUUUCGAGUCCCGCUCCCCGCAGAAGAUGUUUUAGAAGGGAAACCCGCCCGGAGCGCGGCUGUCCCCGUCCCCAUCGGGAGUUCGGCCCCGCGGUGAGAGAUGUCAGAGCCCUCCGCUGCCAACGGGGACGGGAAGGAGCCCGACAUCGAGCUCUUCGUGAAGGCCGGUAUAGAUGGAGAAAGCAUUGGGAACUGCCCAUUCUCCCAGCGUCUCUUCAUGAUCCUCUGGCUCAAAGGAGUUGUGUUCAACGUCACCACUGUUGACCUGAAAAGAAAGCCAGCUGAUCUACACAACCUGGCUCCUGGAACUCACCCACCUUUCUUAACUUUUAAUGGAGAAGUCAAGACAGAUGUUAACAAGAUUGAGGAAUUCUUGGAAGAGACUCUUGCACCUCCAAAGUAUCCCAAGCUGGCUGCUAAGCACCGGGAAUCAAACACUGCUGGAAUUGAUAUCUUCUCCAAAUUUUCUGCUUACAUCAAAAAUACGAAGCAGCAGGACAAUGCUGCCCUUGAAAGAGGUUUGGUGAAGGCUCUGAAGAAGCUGGAUGACUAUCUGAGAACCCCUCUGCCAGAGGAAAUUGAUGCAAACAGCACUGAAGAAGAGAAGGUGUCCAAACGCAAGUUUCUGGAUGGAGAUGACCUCACCCUUGCUGACUGCAACCUUCUGCCCAAACUCCAUGUUGUCAAGAUUGUUGCAAAGAAAUACCGCAACUUCGAGUUCCCAACAGAGAUGACGGGGCUGUGGCGGUACCUGAAGAACGCGUAUGCCAGGGAUGAGUUCACUAACACCUGUGCAGCAGACAAAGAAAUUGAGCAAGCCUAUGCGGAUGUGGCCAAACGGCUCAGCAAAUCCUAACUGACCCCAGCAGUGUCUCGGCAUCCCUGGCAGAUUCCUGUUUUACGGACUCUUCUCCUUGUUGCCUUAAGAUAUACCUUAUCAUUUUGCUAUCUGGUUGGCAUCCCUAUGAUUUCACCUGUUCAGGAGUAUUUGUCAGGGACAAACAUGCUUCUCCCUGGAGGAAGGAGAAGGCAGCUCUAGUGUAGGGGGUGGAGACCCUUUGAAAUCUGAACCUACGAUCUGACACAACUAGUAUUACUCAUAAUCAGUAUUGGAAAUGA